CUGCACCGUCAUAAGCUGUUAUUUCAUUUCAUCAUUGAUUAUGGGCCAACUUGACAGGCAACUCGAACAGUUACGACGGGGCGAGAUCAUUAGCGAAGGCGAAGUCAAAGAGCUGUGUUGGAAAGCGAGAGAAAUCCUUGUUGAGGAAGGAAACGUAUUACGAGUGGAUGCACCAGUUACGAUUUGCGGCGACAUUCACGGACAGUUCUAUGAUCUGAAAGAGUUGUUCAAAAAGGGCGGCGAGUGUCCCGAUACCAAUUACUUGUUCAUGGGCGACUUUGUCGAUCGUGGUUACUACUCUGUGGAAACUUUUCUGUUAUUAUUGGCGCUGAAAGUCCGGUAUCCCGAUCGUAUUGCUCUGAUUCGAGGCAACCAUGAAAGUCGACAGAUCACCCAAGUCUACGGUUUUUACGAAGAAUGUCUGCGCAAAUACGGAACUGCAAGUGUGUGGCGCUGGUGCUGCGAAGUGUUCGACUUUUUGAGCCUCAGCGCCAUCAUUGAUGAUAAAAUCUUUUGUGUCCAUGGUGGAUUGUCGCCCAGUAUAAAUACACUUGAUCAGAUCCGACUCAUUGAUCGAAAGCAAGAAGUACCUCAUGACGGCGCCAUGUGUGACUUAUUAUGGUCAGAUCCAGAAGAUAUUGAACGAUGGGGUUACAGUCCGCGUGGCGCGGGGUACUUGUUCGGUGCCGAAGUGGUCCAAAGCUUUUUACAUACCAAUGGGUUGGAUUUGAUUGCACGUGCUCAUCAAUUAGUCAUGGAAGGAUAUAAACUCAUGUUCAACGAUACCAUUGUUACAGUUUGGUCAGCACCAAAUUAUUGCUACAGAUGUGGAAAUAUUGCAGCAAUAUUAAGGUUGGACGACAAUUUGGAGAAAGAAUUUUUAUUAUUCGAAGCAGCGCCACAGCAAGAUUACCGUGGUCUGCCUGUAAAAAAGACAUUGCCAGAUUACUUUCUUUAACUCUUGUAAUUAUUUCUUUUGAUUUUUUUGUUUUCUCUUCUUUCACGAUUCUCGCAAAAACACACAUAUAUACAUUCUCUCUUUACUAUUUUCUCUCUACACUUUCGUUUCUCCA